AUGACUUGGUUAUCGAAAUCAAUCACCGGGCUUGGCUUUCUGUUUCUGGCGCACGCAACCAUGAACAGCUGCUACUCCGCCCACGAACAUUCUGCUCUGCAUUCCGCCAGCACAGCAGCCCUGUCCUCCAUCUCGACGCCUGGCGUAUCUGCCUCUACUGCCUCCUCACUUCCGCUGGACAUCUCAAUUGAGACACUCGCGGCUAUAUUCACAAUCUGCCUAGGCCUUGUGUUGGGCACCCCCGAACUACGACCGAUACAAUGGCGCGUCUGGGCCGGAAAGAUUGAGCGCGAGGGCGAGGCAGGAUUCUCCAAUGGAGACGGAGAGGUUGACAAGGACUACGUUGGCAAUCCGUUCAAGCUGCUAGAGAGCCGGCCAGGAUUUGUAGACAUCAGGAAGCAGAGGAAGGAGUUUGCGGCCUGGGGAACCUAUUCCUCACGACUGAGAGACGUCCCGGUGGUUAGAGAUGUCCUAUCAUGCGCCAGCUGGUAUGCAGGAUUAAUUUCCUUGGGAGUUCCAGUACCGCAUUUCUCUGCCUUUUCCUCUCGGCGGGAUAAAGAUUUUGUGCGCGCUGAGCUGUACGAAACAGAGGAGGAAGUACAGGAUCGCGAAAAUUCCGAUGCUAUCAACGAAGUCAUCAUGGCUGUUGAGUUAAAAUCUCCUGGUACGGUUGGAUGUGCCUACUAUGUAGCUCGAGACGAGAAGCUUUGUCUCAUGGAAGAUAUCAAGAUGGCUGGCCUUGAUAUCGUCGAUACGUUGAAGGUCCACAUACAACCUACAACUAUCCUGAUAAGCACACGAUCCGACGAAAAGUUGGAGGAGCACCUAUCCAAGGAUGCUCGUGGCAUCGAACGGGGAGGUGAAGCAAAUGAUAUAUUUGGCGCGUACGUGCUCGAUGCCCGCCCUUCCCCCGAGUUCUCUUCAGAGGGGGCGAAGAGUAAGCUUGUCGGUCUAGAUCUUGCUACCGACGAUGGACUCAACAUUGCGUUCACAACUCCUGGAGACGCCAUGAUCGAAGACGCGUCUAUGGGCCGCCAAGGCAGACUCAUGAGACUCGCGGGCUGGAUUGAUCUGGAUAGCGAAGUCACGAUCGGGUGUGCAGGUGCCGUUCUACAUUACAUAGGACGUCGCAAGAAUGUUGAAUAUCUGCCCAAUGACGGAGCCGCCCUCAUCGCAUUUCGAAUCCGUACCAUUGAGAUGUUUACGCUUUCUGAUAUGAUGUUCGUCAAUGUUGAUACGUUGGCAUCACUCCAGAUUAUACAAUCCGAGAUCCAUCCAAACUCCCAUAUGCAAGGACCGAACAAUCCGAGCUCUGGAGCAAAGGAGAGUCUUUCAGUCUAUGGCUUGUUCUCACGUCUAGCUCGCACGCCCCAAGGGAAACAGAAGCUUCGGCAACUCUUUUUGCGGCCCAGUACGGAUUUGGCAGUCAUUGAAGAGAGGCUGCGGACCAUAGCUGUCUUUCUGCUGCCCGAGAAUAUGCCUACUAUCGAGAAGCUUUCCCAGAGCUUAAAGAUGAUCAAGGACAUCCGGUCGGUCAUGGUGCAUCUCCAGAAGGGUAUCAGCAAUACCACAGGUAAUGGUUCUUCUAUACGUCGGGGUGCUUGGGCCAAUAUCCAAAAUUUCACUUUCCAUGUUCUGAGGAUACUCGAAGCUAUUCAGGAAAUGGCUGGCAAUCAGACAUUGGCUAUCACUACCAAGAUGUUGGCUAAGAUACAAGGAGCUCGUAUGAACGAGAUUGGUACCAUGAUCACAGACGUCGUUGACUUCCAGAUGUCGGCCGAACAACAUCGUACAACCGUCUUGCAAGGCUUCGACGCAGAGUUGGACAGCAUCAAGAGAACCUACGACAGCAUGGACACCUUUCUUACGCGCGUCGCGACACAACUUUCGAGCGACAUACCCGAAUGGGCCUCUCAGUAUGUCUCGAAUUGCAUCUUCUUCCCACAGCUUGGGUUCCUGACUGUAGUCCCUCUCGAUCUGGAGACGGGUAAAGGAAAAUAUGAAGGUGAAGGUAUUGAGAAUGACGCUUGGGAGAAGAUGUUCACCAGUAACGAUAUGGGGUAUUAUAAGAACAAGCGCAUGAAAGAGAUGGAUGAAUAUUUCGGUGACAUGUACGGAAUGAUCUGUGAUAGGGAGAUUGAGAUCCUUCAUGGCCUAGGUGUUAGGAUUCUCGAACAUGAGAAACUUCUCAUCGCUGCUUCUGAUCUUUGUGGAGAGCUUGACAGCCUGGUUGCCCUUGCAGCUGGAGCUCGCAAGUAUGAUUAUAACCCUCCACGGGUGAUUACGGCCAAUUCCCUUCAGAUCGAAGGGGGCCGACACCCACUUCAAGAGCUCACCGUUCCAGUAUACAUUGCAAACGACUGCUUCGUUACGGGGGGUGCGGGAAAUAUGAACGAGGUUGACGAGGUCCAAUAUCCCUCGGUAUCGCCAUCAGCUGUCCAUCAGAGCGGAGAGAAUUCGGGUAUGCUCAUCAUGACAGGCCCAAACUACUCUGGUAAAAGUGUUUAUCUCAAGCAAAAUGCCCUCAUUGUCUAUAUGGCCCACAUCGGCAGCUAUGUUCCUGCUCAGAAGGCCAUUAUCGGAUUAACGGACAAGAUCCUCACCAGAAUCGCAACUAGGGAGAGUGUUUCCCGGAAUCAGAGUGCUUUCAUGAUCGAUGUGCAGCAGAUCGCUCUGGCUCUGACUCUAGCCACCAGCAGAACUCUUCUUGUGAUUGAUGAAUUCGGGAAAGGCACAAAUGCUUCUGAUGGUGCUGGCCUUUGUUGUGGGGUUUUCGACUAUCUGCUCAACCUUGGAGCUAAUCGACCAAAAGUCCUAGGGGCAACUCAUUUCCAUGAAAUAUUCGAGAAUGGCUUCUUACAGGAGCGUCCUGGGCUGUUUUUCGGUCAUAUGGAGGUUCGUGUCGAUACACAUGCCGAAACUGUGGAAGACCAGGUCACGUACCUUUACAACUUUAUGCCAGGCCGAAGCACUUCCAGUUUUGGGACUUGUUGUGCUGCGAUGAAUGGCAUCGAUCCCGCCAUUGUGGAAAGAGCAGAUGAAUUGAUCCUUUUGACGGCUCGUGGCGAAGAUCUAGUUGCAGCCUGUUCGAAGAUCUCGUCAGAAGAGGCCCAGGAUUUGGAAGAUGCAGAACAGAUCGGAAGACAGUUUCUCGAGGUCGAUCUGCCACGCCCAGAGGACAAGCAUCGAACGAAGAUCGACGUCCGAUGUAUCUUGCAGGAGAUUCUGUCUGUAGGUUCGAGUGAGUGA